AUGUCCUUGGGGUUCCAUACGGCAGGACAAUAUGAAGGAAUGAUAGCCCACGUCCAAGAAGAGAAGGGACACCUUCAAGAAGUGACAGCCCAAGUGAGAGAGAUGAUGGGACAACUCCAAAGGAUGACAGGACACCUUCAAGAGACGACAGCCCAAGUGAGAGAGAUGAUGGGACACCUUCAAGAGACAACAGGACACCUUCAAGAGACGACAGCCCAAGUGAGAGAUAUGAUGGGACAACUUCAAGAGAAGAUAGGACAAUAUGAAGGAAAGAUAGGACACCUUCAAGAGACUACAGGACAACUUCAAGAGAAGAUAGGACAACUUCAAGAGAAGAUAGCCCAGGUACAGAAGGAGAAGGGACAAAUUCAAGGGAAGAUAGUCGAUUUCACCCUGGAUGCUGACACGGCUCACCCCAGACUGGAAAUCUCUGAUGAUGGGAAGAGUGUGAAAGAUACUGGCAACAUCAGAAAGGUGCCCAGCAACGAGAAGAGAUUUGAUUCCCACAUUUUUGUGCUGGCAAAUGAAGGAUUCACAUCUGGAAGACACUACUGGGAAGUGGAUGUCGGAAAGAGAAGAAGCUGGGCCUUGGGUGUUGCCCGGGAAUCUGUCACUCGCAAAGGGACAUUGACGCUGUCCCCUAAGAAUGGCUUCUGGGUCAUAGGAUUUGCAGAUGGGAGAGAGUAUUGGGCCUACACAGAUCCUUGGACCCGCUUGAGUGUGAGUGGGAAGCUGCAAAGGAUUGGGAUCUUCCUGCACAUCUCAGCCAAGCAGCUGUCAUUUUACAAUGUCCAUAAGAAAACAACUCUGUACACUUUCACCUUGGGAGGUGACAGCAGCCAGAAAGAGAAGCUUUUUCCUUUCUUCUCCACAGGUCCUGCUACUGCCAACCCUGAUGGCGACCCUCUAAGAAUAGCACAGAUGUUUGAUGAUGAAGAUGAGUGA